AUGAGCUUGGUCUUUAACAUAAGCUUUUGCUAUGUGAUCUUAUUGCUUCUAUCAUGGAACAUGGUCUUGUGUGGUGAAAUUUUUGAUUUCAAUCCAGAAGAAAGAGAUGCUUUGUUGCUCAUAAGGGAUUCUUUAAAUUCUUCUGCCAAUUUGCAUGGGAAUUGGACAGGCCCUCCUUGUUUAGACAAUCAAAGUAGAUGGUUUGGUAUCACAUGUUCCAAUUGGCAUGUUGUUCUUAUUGUCCUUCAAGGAAUUAACCUUAGUGGAAGUUUACCCCCUACAUUCCUUCAAAACAUAACUUUCUUGAGCCAACUUGACUUAAGAAACAACUCACUUUUUGGGCCACUGCCAAACCUCACAAAUUUGGUGUUUUUGGAACAAGUCCUAUUCUCAUUUAAUCAUUUCUCAGGGUCAAUUCCUGUGGAGUAUGUUGAACUUCCUAGUCUACAAGUGUUGGAGCUGCAAGAAAAUUACUUAGAUGGUCAAAUCCCACCCUUUGAUCAACCAUCAUUGGCUAGUUUCAAUGUGUCAUACAAUCAUCUUGUAGGGCCUAUUCCUGAGACUUCUGUGCUCCAAAGGUUCCCAGAGAGUUCCUUUGAUAAUAAUUCAGAUCUUUGUGGGAAACCAUUGGAUAAGUUAUGUCCUGCUGAACCUCCUGCCCCAUCUCCAGCACCAAUUAUUAUUCCUCCAUGCCCAGCAGUGGAAAAAAAUAAGAACAAACUUCAAGUAUGGAUUAUUGCUUUGAUUUCUGCUGCAGCUGCACUGUUUCUUUUCCUGAUCAUUAUUGCUUUCUUGUUUUUUAAAAGAAGAGCAAGUGGAAAAGAAGCAAGAAGAAAUGACUCAGCAGGGUAUGUUUUUAGAGCAUGGGCAAAUAAGAUGGUGUAUUAUAGGAGCAGUGAAGAUUCUGAAAGAUUAGGCCAAUUGGAAUUUUCCAACAAGAAAUUUCCAGUUUUUGACUUGGAUGAUUUAUUAAGGGCAUCAGCAGAAGUUCUAGGAAGAGGGAAUUUAGGAAUUACAUACAAAGCAACACUUGAAACUGGUACUGUUGUGGCAGCAAAGAGAUUUAGCUACAUGAAUGAAUUGAGCAAGAAGGAAUUUUUCCAGCAGAUGCAAUUAUUAGGACAGAUGAAGCAUGAAAAUCUUGUAGAAAUUAUCUCCUUUUAUUUUUCAGAAGAACAAAAGCUGAUCAUAUAUGAACUCAUCUCUGGUGGCUCUUUGUUUGAGCUCCUACAUGAGGAUAGAGGAGUUGGAAGAAAGCCUCUUGAUUGGACCACAAGACUGGCUAUUAUCAAAGACAUAGCAAAGGGUCUUGCUUUCCUUCAUCAUUCUUUGUCUUCUCACAAGGUCCCUCAUGCAAACCUCAAAUCAUCCAAUGUCCUAAUCCAUCAAGAUAACCAAGGUUACCAUUCCAAGCUCACUGAUUAUGGCUUCUUCCCUCUACUCCAAGCUAAAAAUGAAGCAGAGAAGCUAGCCAUAAGGAAGUCACCAGAAUUUGAUAAAGGGAAGAAGUUGACUCACAAAGCUGAUGCAUAUUGCUUUGGUAUCGUUAUGCUAGAGAUUAUAACUGGGAAAGUUCCUGGUCAAAUCUUAGGGGAAAUUGAAGAAACAACCAAUGAUCUUUCAGAUUGGGUAAGAACAGUGGUGAACAAUGAUUGGUCCACAGAUAUACUUGAUUUAGAAAUAUUAGCAGAAAAAGAAGGGCAUGAUGCAAUGUUGGAGCUAACAGAGUUAGCUCUAGAGUGCACAGAUAUGACACCAGAGAAAAGGCCUAAAAUGAGUGUAGUAUUGAGGAGAAUAGAAGAGAUAGAGCAAAUGAAAACAGAAAAUGACUGA